GCGGAACCGGAGCGGAAGGUGAAGCGUGCGUUUGCGUUAAAAACAAACUACUGAAGCCGCUGGUUUUUAAUCGAACCAUGUAGCGAGGACGCGUUUGUGACGUCGCCGCUGCAUAUCGCAUUACGUCACAUGCUGGUAAAUCCGUCGCGCGUUUCGCGAUCUGUUUGCCAAUAAAGCGGGACGCGGUCGGCGUGUGCGCGUGCCGUGUUUGUGUAAUGACACUAUUAAGCGACAUCUAUCCGCUCGUAUCGCGCAGCAGCUGAUGUUUGAUGGAUACUGAGCGCGAUUUCACCGCCGUAAAUGAUGAAAACCCGCGAAUAUCAACAAAUAGAUCCUCAGGCACUCGCGACACCGACCCCGACGCCUCCACCGCGACCUCUUCCCGAGCACAAGCCCAAACGAGCCCGGAGAAAAUGGGAGGUGUUUCCCGGGAAGAACCGCUUCUACUGUGACGGUCGCAUCAUCGUGGCGCGUCAGAGCGGCGUCUUGCCGCUCACACUGGGACUCAUCCUGCUCACCAGCGGACUCUUCUUCGUCUUCGACUGCCCGUUCCUGGUGAAGCACCUCACCAGCUGCAUCCCGGCCGUCGGAGGGGUCCUUUUUGUGUUUGUGGUCAUCUCUCUCUUCCAGACCAGCUUCACGGAUCCGGGGAUUCUGCCCCGGGCAACACCAGAGGAGGCCGCAGACAUUGAGAAACAGAUUGACAACCCAACAGGCUCGUCUUCAUCCUACCGCCCCCCUCCACGCACUAAGGAGGUCAUCAUCAAUCAGCAGGUGGUUAAACUCAAGUACUGCUUCACCUGCAAGAUCUUCCGCCCACCGCGCACCUCCCACUGCAGCCUGUGUGACAACUGUGUGGAGCGCUUCGAUCAUCAUUGCCCUUGGGUCGGGAACUGUGUGGGAAAACGAAACUACCGCUUCUUCUACACCUUUGUCGUCUCGCUCUCUUUCCUCACGGCCUUCAUCUUCGGUUGUGUAACCACACACCUGGCUCUAAGGUCACAAGGAGGAAAUGGGUUGGUUGUUGCUCUCCAAGCGAGUCCUGCCAGUGCUCUUGAGUUAGUGGUUUGCUUCUUUUCUGUAUGGUCCAUUUUGGGCCUCUCAGGCUUCCAUACAUACCUGGUGGCUGCAAAUCUUACUACCAAUGAGGAUAUUAAAGGUUCCUGGUCAGGGAAAAGUGGAAACGAGGACGUUGGAAAUCCUUACAGCUACAACAGUAUGAUCAAAAACUGCUGUUCUGUGCUCUGUGGACCCAUGCCGCCCAGUUUGAUUGACAGGCGAGGUUUUGUGCCCUCCGAUGACUCCGUCCAGACCAGUCCGGUGGAAAUCGAACUUCCAGCUGCUAAAAACGACAUAAACAUGUGCACGCAUGGUACCAAAGGUCUGCUGGAAACGGCCUCUCGAUCUCCUCUCCUCACAAGCUCCUGUCCGCAGGCCAAACCUCAAGCAGCGCCGGCCUUCUUGGAGCCUCUUCCAGAGGUCACCCCUUCUCCUGCCCUGGAGACCACUGCAGGACGCCAGUCCACCAACACCCCUCACAAACAUCACUCCCACCACAGAUCCAAGGGAAAACAAGCCAGUCAUCACACCCACAAGACAUCCAACUCCUCUCCAAGACCCCAUCACAGCCACAGUUCAAGAAGGAAAGACUCCAAGAACAGAGACCCAAAAUUCAGUUCUCUGCGCUGAGCAAUGCGUGAACUCCAUGAACCUGCCACGUCCUGUCGUGGUGCACAUUGAUUCCAUUUCUUGGAUUAUUUGAGUUUGUCGUCAUAAGAUUGAUCAAUUUGUUGGGUGGCUUCAGUUGGGACUCCAAACAAACAGGUCUAAUGUUUCCAGAAAGACCUCCAGCUUUAGUAAACUGACAGUAGUGUUAUGGUCUUCCUGUUCUGUUGAGGAAUACAAUCAACGCUGCAAUCUGGAGAGCAGGUAUAAAGUAUGGACUUCCGUUAACUGAUUGAUGACUGG